AUGGUCGCGGCCAAUAACCAACUGGUUAGCCAGGUUGUCCUGCGAAAGGCUGAAGAACAUGACCCAAACCGCGAGCGCACAAUCGGUACCAUUACCAAGCUUGACUUGGCCGGACCAGGCUCAGCAAACGAGCGCAAUUACCUGGACUUAGUUAAAGGCCGCGAGAGCAUGCAAAAGUUGUCGCUGAACUGGUACGUUUUACGCAAUCGGUUUGAGGAUGAGCGCUCUUCGGAUGCCUACACACGGGAUGCCAACGAGGAGCGCUUUUUCCAGACAGGAGCUGGAUCCAUGUUAAUUCUGCCAAUCGCGGCGUAG